GAGGAGCCUCAUUGAAGGAAGAGUUCCAGAAGGAGAAAUACAAAAGCAGACGUCGUCGAACCUCUCAAGAGUGCCUGAUGGCCCACCAGCAGUUAGCAAACCGACUGAAUAACAGUGGUUACAAAAACUGGCUGAAAGCGGGCCAGUGUCUUCUUGUCCUGGCGGGAGGUAUAGCACCUUACAUAGAGCAUGAGAUCAGGUCUUUCCACGAAUAUGUACUCAAUCAAAACACUCAGCUACAGCGCCGUUGUCACAGUGGUUGCAGCUCCAAAGGCAAGUUAUCGUUUCUGUGUCCCCUCUGCUCGGAGUGGUCGAAGGUGAUCCUACGUUACCACAGACAGCCUAACGUCAGCACAGUGAACUGGGAUAACUGCAGUCCAGCGCUGUGGAGUCAGGACCACUGGGAGCUGGCCAAGGCCUACAUGCCAAAGGGGGCCUACAAGAAGAGUGCGUUGCACCAGUGUGACGCCUCGGCUCUGCUCAACCUCCUCAACUUCUGUAACUGGUUCAGCGUGGACCCCCAGUUGGUCCGAGAGGUGAUCUGCUGCCGGAACGAGCUGAUGCACUCCAGCGAGAUGUGCAUGGACGAAGGCUGGAUGAAACGGUACCACGGCGCUCUGUUGAGGCUGCUGCGCCACCUCCACCACCAGGUGGUGCCACUGGACGAGGCUGUGCAGCAGAUAGAGGAGAUCUUUACAGUAGACUGGUCAACAUGCAUCACUGGUUCAGACCAAAUGGAUGGUGCAGACGACGAUAAUGGUUUGCAGGUGGACUCUGUAAGCCAAUCGGACACCAUGGCUCUGUCCGUAAGCCAAUUGGAAGCUGAGCUGUUGGGAGAGAGGCUGCGGGAGCUUCUGCAAGACACAGAAACCCAGGAUGCUGAGUGUUUGCUGAGACUGAGGGAAUUCCUCCAGGCCAACACAGAUCUGAGAGAGCGUUUCUCUGAGGAGCUUCAACAGGAACAGUUCCGCCCACAGGAAGCAGCAGCAAUGUCGUCGUGACCCAGCGAUCAUGAUUUUAUUAAAUUGUCCAAUAAGCAAUAAUAAAAAAUUUCAAGACCA